UAUUCAAUUUGGAAAUUGAAUCAGCAUCUUUUCUCUCGUUUAGUUUACUACUCUUCCAAUUUCUCUCUCCACCAAUACACACGCCGUACACUGUAGCGUAGAUGUCGAUCGCCUUGCAGAGGUGCAACUCAGGCGGCGCCCACCUGAUCGAAGAGCCAGGUUUCGUUCACCGCGAUAUGCCUUUGGUUUCGUCGCCGUACGAUCCACCGGCGCUUUCGCCGCCCGAUCAACGGUCAUCGGAUGAGGAUCGCGGUUCGUUCUCUUCAUCGGCCAGUUCUUCAAUCGGAAAGAACAGUGACGAGCAUCCCAGCGGAGGCAGCGGCAGUGAUGAAGACGAGGUGCAAAGUCACUUCAAAGGAGGACCAUUGGAGAACUUGGAUUCUCUGGAGGAAGUUCUUCCUGUAAAGAAGAGCAUAUCAAAGUUCUACUCUGGUAAAUCCAAAUCAUUUACCAGCCUAUCUGAUGCUGCAUCAAUCCCCUCAAUUGAAGAAAUCACGAAACCAGAAAAUGCUUAUACAAGGAAACGUAAGAAUCUGUUGGUCUUCAAUAAUAUAUGGGACAAGAAUCAGAAUAGCAUUGUAAGGAAUCGGAUUGGCGGAAUAUCAAAAAGAACAACCAAUUCUAGAAGUAUGCUGUCUCUUGCCGCCAACACGAACUGCUCUGAAAGCAAUAGUGGUGACACCUGUAAUUCAAAUUCAUCACCACCUGGUUGCAGUCUUCCUCCUUUACCACCACAUGCCAGGAGAAGUAUGAAAAGUGAACUGUCAUCAUCACCUCCUGUUGAUAAGUUUCCUUCAUGGAGGUCUUUCUCCUUAUCUGACCUGCAAGGUGUUGCUGAUACUGAAGUUGCUACUCCCAGCACUGGUGGCUUAUGGAGCAAUAACACAGAAAAUUAUAGCCUUAUUUAACUGUGUUUUCAUUUCAUAUCACCCUAUGAAUCUAUAUCAUGAUAGAUGUUCACGCAGCGGAGAUGUUUGUACCAUCUUCUUGCUUAUGCUCAUGCUUCUGCUUCUGCUUCUUGUAGCUGUUGUUUAGGCAUCACCCAUUCCCCUACAUCCUUAGAGUGUGAACACUUAAAAAUAUAAUUAGAUUUUGCAUCUGACUUUGUUUUGUUAUAUUUAAAUAAAAUUCCCAAAGUCUUAGCUACAAACUACUCCAUAUGUUCUUCUGGCUAUUGUGUCUGUGCCUUUGAAGUAUUCCUGGGAAGGCAUAUCAAAAGUCAAGAGUUAUUCUAAUGCAGGAUUUCAUGAAAAUCUUCUCAAGCUGUAUAUGUUUGGAGUUGGCGUUGGAAUCAAUCCUUGAGAUGAAGGGUGCGGGGUCAGUUUUUGUUUGUUCUGUUCUCGGAGUUGGUGUCAAUGAGCUUGCGAAGUCUGCUUGCUCGGAGAGGAUUUCUGCUGCUUAACACAAUUUCUAAAUUUUCUCACAUAUUGGCUUAUUGAGAAUCUUUCCUUUUUUGUUCCCCCCGUCUUCCAUUUGGUUUCAAUAUCUAGAGGAGCUUAAGAUUUAAGCUGGUUGCUACCAUGAUGGCUGGCUUGUAGGAAUGCCAAUCCGUGCAAGAGGUUAGAAAGGAAAUCGACUAUUGAAGUUGCUGGAUGGAGUGGUUAAGUUGCAACCACAAAGUGGCAGAUGAAAUCCUCAAAGGAUUUAACAUCUGCCAGCUGUGCAUAGCCUCAUGGAUGGUGCACGAUAUACAGUGACACUGGAUGAGUUCAAGAUUUUUCAUAGGAUUGACAGAUCAUUGUAUGUUAUUCUCGUCAGGGAUCUAGUGCGUAACCCCUUGGAGUGCUUGUACAUAUUGGGCUUGUGGCUAUGGUUGGAACGAGCAGGAUUUUAUCAUUUCGUAAGUAAGACCCUAUCUCUUCCCCCAUUUCUGAUCAACGAGCUUGCUGAUGAAGCAGUAACAUGCAUCAAGUCCACAAACACACAGUUCCCUUUCUCAUCUGAAUCGAUAGAAAUCCCAUUAACCCAGAGUCUUGUGAAAAAAGAUAUAUCUCUGCAGUUUUUCCAUGAAAACCAUCUUACCGCCUUCCAUGGGAUUGAAGGUUUGGUAAGAGGAGUCUGCAUACCGUCUCUAUCUGAUAUGCUGGAGAAAGAUGGUUAUGGUGGUUAUGUCUAUACUCCGAUGAAAGGUCAGAUAAUGGCACCUAGUCAUCCUGCAUCGGCUCCAUCUGUGAGCUCUGUGCGGGAACCAUCUUCUGUUGAGAACCUGCCGAUGCAAAGCGUUGCUAGCGUGGGCUGUGGUGAUUCCCCCCCUUCUUGUGGCAAGGGUGAGGUGUCGCGGAAUGAGAGGACGAUGUUUGUGACGUUCUCCAAAGGCUACCCGGUGAGUGAAAUGGAGGUGAGGCAAUUCUUCAGCAGGCUUCUGGGGAACUGCAUUGAGUCGUUCCACAUGCAGGAGGUGAAGCGAGAAGAGCAAUCUCUGUAUGCUAAAAUCGUGUUCUUGAGGCCAUCGUUCAUCGGUGCCAUUCUCAAAGGAGUGAGCAAGGCUAAAUUCACCAUCAACGGUAAGCAUAUCUGGAUGAGGAAGUUUGUACCCAGGGGCAACAAACAGGCGCCUUGAGGAUAUGCUUGGAGCUUGUACCUACUGUUUCUUAUGAAAUGCAAGUAUUUAAGAUGCCUCCUUUUAGUGCUUGUGUGUGUGUCUAGUGUUGAAAUUGUGAGGUCGUUGGAGUCUUAUUAAUAGUGUCAUGAACAUUGUAUAAAAGCCUAGUUAGUUUAUGGCAUCGCAUCUACUUAUUUGAUUGAUUUACUCUCGUUUGAUGAAUGUAAAUUGUUUACUUUUUUCUC